CCUAAACCCUGGUCACUCGCCAUGAAGAAACCGGCUUGCGCAACCACCCCGCUUUCCCCUUCUUCUCGGACCUCCUCCUCCUCGUUCUCCUGUGUUUCCUCCUCCGCGUCCACCUCGGGCUCCUACGUGCCGUCGUGCUCGCCGAAGCACAAGAAGAAGAAGAAGAAGAGCAAGUGCAGGAGGGCCAAGAACGGCGCCGUGGUCGUCCCAAGGAGGAGGAACUCCAUCUACAGGGGUGUGACCAGGCACAGGGGCUCAGGGAAGUAUGAAGCGCACCUGUGGGAUAGGCAUGCUUGGAGCCCAACCAAGAACAAGAAGGGCAAACAAGUUUAUCUGGGAGGUUAUGACACUGAGGAGGCAGCGGCCCGCGUCUAUGAUCUUGCAGCGCUCAAGUACUGGGGCUCAGAGUGCGUACUCAACUUCCCACUGGAAUCGUACAAGCAGGAGCGUGAGAAGAUGCAGCGCAUGACAAGAGAGGCGUACCUGGCCACUCUGAGGCGCAGGAGCAGCGGCUUCUCGAGAGGCGUCUCCGAGUACAGGGGAGUGGCCAAGCACCACCACAGUGGCCGGUGGGAGGCCAGGAUAGGCCACGCUUGUGGCAGGAAAUACAUCUACCUGGGGACAUUCGGUACCCAGGAAGAGGCAGCCCGGGCCUACGACCUCGCAGCUGUAGAAUUCCGGGGACACAACGCGAUCACCAACUUCGACAUCAGCAGCUACACCGACUACCUGCACCCACCGGUCCCCAUGGCCCAGCCAAAGCCGGUUCUGAAGCCCAAGGAGGAAGCACCCCUCUGCAGGGCGCAGCCAACGCCACUGCUGCAGCCCAAGCCCGAGCCCCAAGACGUGCUCGAGCCCGUGGCGCUGCCGCCCGGGCCCGUGCUCCGGGACGCGGACGACGCGGACCAUGCCAUCGCCGAGAUCCUCCCGGCGCUCUGCAUGGACCCCGCCGACUUCGAGGCCUGGUACCCUGCCCGCCCGCUCGGCUGCUGGCCGUCCGACGACCUGCCGCUGCCGGACGACGUGCGCUUCGAGGACGACAUCGAGGCCCUGUUCGACGCGCCCGGACCGGCCGCGGCCGCGGCCGUGCCUGACGCUUCCCGAGCCGACGCGGUCUCCUACGCGGCCGCCACGAUCAGCUCGCUGGCGGCCGGCCGCUGGCGGUGA